AUGGCAGCUGGCGGUUCGGCCCCAGAGUUCUUCACCUCGCUCAUAGGCACCUUCACGGGCAGCGACGUCGGCACGGGCACGAUCAUCGGCUCGGCGGUUUUCAACGUCCUCUUUGUCAUAGGCGCCUGCGCCCUGGUCUCCAAGCAGCCCCUGGAGCUGACCUGGUUUCCGCUUGCGCGUGAUUCCAUAUUUUAUGCUGUCUCAUUAGUGUUCGUCACCGUGUUCUUUCUGGAUGGGAAGGUCAUGUGGUACGAGGCCCUCUGUCUGUUCCUCGUCUACGUGGCGUACGUCACGUUCAUGGCGUUCAACAUGCGCAUCGAGGCCGCGUCCCGCCCCGCCGCCCGAUGGCCAGCCCCCCCCCCCGGCGCUGCACAGGAGCCGCCCGGCGAGGGCGGCGCCGGCGCAUGGGCCGAGAUCAGGGAUGACCCGGAGGAGCCGGCCGGCUGGCUGGGCGCCGUCGCCGUCUUGGUCAUGCUUCAAGGAUCCACCGAGCCGAGGAAGACGGGGCCGCAGCUGACCCGGUCGGACUCGGACAGCAGGUGCAUGGAGUCCCAGAAGAGGAGAACAAGUUCCGGCACCACACUCAUCAGCGCCUCAAUUCCAAGAAUGCGAAGGCGAAUGACGUGGUGGCCCUCAGCGGUCGUAGCAGCAUCUCCCUCCACGGCUGCGGCAGCGGACCCGUCACGGCGGUGA